CGUUUUGUGUUGAUAAGUGACAUCACGAGGCCCCCCAGCCCACCCGCGAAACAUGGCUUACGUCUGGAGACCAGCUGCUUUUAAGAGCUUAGAAGCUCUAGGUCGUGCAGGUGCUGCAAAAAGCAUCCACACUUCAUCAUCAUGUUUUGCAUCUCAGGUUGCAAUGAGCAGAUUUGACCAGAGCAAGUUCAUUGACUAUGACAAGCAAAGAUCAGUCCUCAAGAUUGUUAGUAGCAGGUUGGGGCGACCAUUGACACUUUCAGAGAAAGUUCUUUACAGUCAUCUUGAUGAUCCUAAAAAUGAGGUUAUUGAGCGAGGAACCAGCUAUUUGAAAUUAAGGCCUGAUCGUGUUGCUAUGCAAGAUGCCACUGCACAGAUGGCUCUCCUACAGUUUAUUUCGAGUGGUCUCCCUAGGGUUGCAGUACCAUCAACAGUUCACUGCGACCACCUCAUUGAAGCUCAGCUUGGGGGAGAAAAGGAUCUGAAGCGAGCCAAGGAUAUCAAUGCUGAAGUGUAUGACUUCCUGGCUUCAGUGAGUGCAAAGUAUGGAAUUGGAUUUUGGAAGCCAGGCAGUGGAAUUAUCCAUCAGAUUAUACUGGAGAACUAUGCUUUUCCUGGUGCACUAAUGAUUGGAACUGACAGCCAUACGCCUAAUGGAGGUGGCCUGGGAGGGUUGUGUAUUGGUGUAGGUGGUGCUGAUGCUGUGGAUGUGAUGGCUGGAAUGCCAUGGGAACUAAAAUGCCCCAAGGUGAUUGGAGUAAAGCUUACAGGCAAGUUGAGCGGCUGGACCUCUCCCAAGGAUGUCAUUCUGAAGGUGGCUGGUAUCCUCACUGUCAAAGGAGGAACUGGGGCCAUUGUAGAAUACUUUGGUCCUGGUGUGGACUCUAUUUCUUGCACAGGUAUGGGCACUAUCUGUAACAUGGGAGCUGAGAUUGGUGCCACUACCUCUAUCUUUCCUUUCAACCAUCGCAUGCAGGACUACCUCAAAGCCACCAACAGAGCAGACAUUGCAAGCCUAGCUUCGUCAUACAAGGAUCUCCUGUCAGCUGAUGCCAAUGCCAAGUAUGAUGAAGUUAUUGAGAUUGAUCUUGAUAAGCUUGAACCACAUGUCAAUGGACCUUUUACACCUGACCUGGCUCAUCCAAUCAGCAAGCUAGGGGAGAUGGCCAAAAAAAAUAGUUGGCCUUUGGACAUCAGAGUGGGUUUGAUUGGAAGCUGCACCAACAGCAGCUAUGAGGACAUGGGUCGAGCUGUCAGUGUUGCUAAACAGGCACUGGCCAAGGGUCUAAAAGCAAAGAGUUAUUUCACCAUCACCCCAGGCUCAGAGCAGAUUCGUGCUACCAUUGAACGAGAUGGCAUGGCUAAGAUAUUGCGUGAUUUUGGUGGUGUUGUUCUUGCCAAUGCAUGUGGACCCUGUAUUGGACAGUGGGACAGGAAGGACGUUAAGAAAGGAGAAAAAAAUACCAUUGUCACCUCUUACAACCGCAACUUUACUGGACGCAAUGAUGCCAAUCCAGCUACACAUGGAUUUGUCACAUCUCCAGAGCUUGUGACAGCUUUGGUUAUUGCAGGUGACCUGUCCUUCAACCCAGAAACAGAUUAUUUGACCGGUGCUGAUGGCAAGAAAUUUAAACUGGAGAGUCCCAAAGGAGAUGAAUUACCAGCGAAAGGUUUUGACCCUGGCCAAGAUACAUACCAAGCUCCUCCACCAUCUGGAGACAAAGUCAUAGUGAAGGUGGCACCUGACAGUCAGCGUCUGCAGCUUCUGACACCAUUUAGCAAAUGGGAUGGAAAAGACCUGGUGGACAUGCCCAUUCUUAUUAAGGUUAAGGGCAAGUGUACAACUGACCACAUCAGUGCUGCUGGACAGUGGCUGAAAUACCGAGGUCAUCUAGACAAUAUCUCUAACAAUCUCCUCAUUGGGGCAGUAAACAGUGAAAAUAACGAGAUGAACAAGGUUAAGAAUCAGCUGACAGGAGAGUAUGGUUCUGUUCCUGAUGUUGGUAGAGCAUAUAAGGCAAAAGGUGUGAAGUGGGUAGUGAUUGGAGAUGAAAACUAUGGUGAAGGUAGUAGCAGAGAACAUGCAGCACUGGAGCCCCGCCAUCUUGGAGGGGCAGCCAUCAUUGUCAAGAGUUUUGCUCGAAUACAUGAAACAAACUUGAAAAAGCAAGGAUUGCUUCCUCUGACAUUUGCUGAUCCUGCUGAUUAUGACAAAAUACAGCCUUCUGACAGAAUUUCGCUUCUAGACCUGAAAAACUUGAAACCUGGCUCUGAUGUCAUUUGUGAAAUUAAGCACCAGGAUGGCAAAGUGGAGAAAAUUAAGCUCAAGCACUCUAUGAAUGAAGGACAGCUAGAGUGGUUCAAGGCUGGCAGUGCUCUUAAUCGAAUGGCAGAACUAAAAAAGUAGACAUUUUGAAGCAGUGUUGCUAUUCAUGAAGACAAAAGAUGUAGAAAGUGUGCAAGCUGAAAACAGUGCUUAUUCUUUUGUAGAUCUGAACAGCAUUAUAGUAAGAGUAUAGCUGCACGUUUAAAACAUCUAACAUUACUUGUUGAGGCAGCCUAAGGUACACACUUGGAUGUCAGUAGGGUUCAGUAAACCAAAAAAAGGCACCCAAAGAUGUAAACUUAUCUCUUGUGGAAUUUUUUUUUUCUUUUUGAUCCUGACUUUACACUGUCUUAGUUAUCAGAAAGUUUGGUGUAAACAGUAUAAAAGCUGCUUUGGUUGUUUGGUACAGGUGCCUGUGUUUAUCCCUGUGUUGAAUAUUUGGAAGGAUGUGGGUGUGAGAAUGAGAUGGCUUUGUACACUUUUGUAGCUGUUGAGUGCCAGACAUAUUCAGAUUCACUACAGAUGAGAUCAUGCGUCUCAGCCCAUCUCUUGCUGAUAAUGUAAUUGAUGUACUGAAAAUUUUAUUAAAUACAAGUAUGGAAAAUAUACCCCUCAUUGUAACGUGGUCUGCGUGCCAGAUUUUGCUUUACAAGAACCUUGUACAGAUGUAUUAUACUGCUAAAUGACACCUGUGAUUAGGGAUCUAGAGAACAGGCUGGUGAUGCCAAUGGUUAAAAAUGUAAAAGUUUUUCUGUAUGUUUGUGAAAUGCCUCGCGCUUUGUCUUUAAAGCCUGGUGUAUAUAGGAAAGAUUAGACAACAACACUAAGUAACAUACUGAUGACUGCUUACUCACGAUGUCAUUUGAUAUUUGCAUAUGCCUGGACACGUCAUUGCCUUCCAAAACUAUGUACAAAUGCAAAUGUCAAAUAACUAUUAUAUUUAAAUUCAUCUUAUAGAUGAAGUGAUGUUGUAUCAAGCAAAAACUGGAGCAAUAUCAGUAACACUACAAGUACUUUUGAAGAUGUUUUAUUCAUCUUUUGCUCAGUCAUUUUCAGUGGAGGCAUUAGAAUUUUGAAGAUGUGCAUACAAUUAAUUUAGUCUUGGUUUCUGGAUUGUGAUUUAGACUAUAGUCAGUUAUUUGGAAGCCAGCUUUAUAUGAUGUGGCCUAUUUUCAACACUGAACAGUAUUUUGGUUUUUAUUUGAUUGCUUUUAUUGUUACUACAUCUAACCAAACUUGGAAAUCUUCACAUUUUGUGUGUUUGUCAGGGAUCAGUCUGUCAUUUUGAAGAGUUAGUGCAUUAUUUGGACUGACUUAAUGUGAUACAAAUUUCCAUACAUUUUGUCUUCUGUAAAAGCUUACACUGUCUGAGCCUUUCAGCUCAAAUUUGUGCUGUUCUCACUAGUAAAAUCACAGUGAGAUGUUUCGCUAAAAUGUUAUCGCUCCAGUUUUCAUUAUACAAAGAUUUAACCUUUGUGGUGUUGGCAAAAUACUGCAUUAAUUCAUUACUCAGUGUUGAUAUCUUUAAAUCAUUUUUCAACGUGCGUCGUGAAAGAGAUCCACACCCUCUCGUUGAUUUUGCAUGGUAAGUACUAAAGAAAAAUAUCAACCAUGAAAGUUUUGUUGCAACUACAUUAAAAAAUUAUAAAUUAUGCACAGCUGAUUUUUAUUACUAUUAUUAUUCAGAUUUUCCGCCAGAUCAUUUGAAAUGAUUGCAAUAUAGAAGAGAAAUAAACUUUCUUGUCUGACUAGCCAAA